AAAUGAGCUAGAUUUUAGCUUCUUGACCAAACAAACCUCCAUUAAAGAUCUUGAAGCUCUCCUCCCAAGGUUCUUUUUUAAUCAAAAGGACAAAUAAAAUAAGAUAAACAGAAAAGAAAAAAAGAAUACUGCUGGGAUAGUAAAAAAAUCAUUUAAUGGUAGUUGGCAUUGUCAGUUGCUAGCUCAAAUGGGUAUAAUUAUAACUAAAAUAUACAAAUUAAAAACACUGAAAACAGACUUAAAAAAAUAACCCCAAAGUGAUUUAAAGUUUUUUGCUUUUUUCUUAAAAAAAAUUACUCCCUACAUUGGAUAGACCAGAGUAAGCAAAAGUUUUGAAGUUUUGAAGAAAGAGAGAAGAAAGGUGUUUUGUAAUAUUUUAACAGUAGCAGUGGCGGUGGUUAAUGAUCAAACAGCUCUCUUUUUGAUGCAAGCGUGGGUAUAAAUGCAGGACAUUUGCCAUUACUCUUCUCUUUCACUCUGUCUUCUUCAAAAUAGACAAAUACCCAUUUAUUUUCUCUCACUCUAAAGUAAUAAAACUCCCUCCUUUAUUACUUUUCUUCUCUGGUUUUAUUUGACUGUUUUGUAACAGAGUUGCUCUGUUGCUGAGCAAACACAAACACAAAAGAAAAGUGCUUUGCAAAAAUUCUAUAAAAGCUUUAACUUUUGUGUGUCUGGGUGUGUUGAAAAAAAGAAGGCUUUGAAUGAGAGUGCAGAGGGAGUACAAUAAAAGUAAGCACAGAAUCUGAAAAUGGGUAGUGGUCAAAUCUUUAAGGAGCCUGACUUUGGACUAUUGCCUAGGUGUUCAAACAUAAUUGUGGAGAAAGGCAUUCAAAGUUAUUCUGCAGUAUUGUUGAAGAGGAAUGGAUGUAGGUGAAAAGGAUAAAUAUGAGCUAGAGAAGAGAAAUGACAAUAGCUUAAACUACCAGACAUCUGGUAUGUCAUCGGCUUGGCAGUUUGGAGGUUCCAAUCUCACAAGUACUCCUAUGAGUUUAGUUUCUAGUGAUAAUCCCUUGGUUAUUGGUUCUUCAUCUGCUUCAGCUUCAAUGGGAGACUCGUUUUGUUCUAACCUUUGGGAGCACCCUUCUAAUUCACAAAACUUGGGAUUUUGUGAAAUUAAUGUGCAAAAUGGUGCAAGCUCUUCAAAUGCAAUGGGAAUUGGUAGAGGUGGUCCUGCCUCUGUGAGAAGUAGCAUUGAUAGACCAUUUGAGAUGGGAUGGAAUGCAGCAAGUUCAAUGUUGAAAGGGGGUAUAUUUUUACCGAAUGCUUCUGGGGUUCUACCUUCGAGCCUAUCUCAGUUACAAACUGACUCAGCUUUCAUCGAGCGUGCUGCUAAGUUCUCGAGCUUUAAUGGGGGAAAUUUUAGUGAUAUCGUGAACCCUUUUGGUAUUCCUGAAGCAAUGGGUGUCUAUGCUAGAGGUGUGGGCUUGAUGCAAGGACCGCAAGAUGUUUACACAAUCAGUGGGGUUAAAUCAAUAUCUGGUGUGGAAUCUCAGAGAAGUAAGUUGAUGACCACUGAAGCUUCUAGAGAUUUGCAAGCUGAAAAUAGGGCUACCCAAGAAAGCCCACUCAAGAAUGAGAGGAACAGUGGAAGUCUUGUGAGAUCAAAUGAAGAAGCAAAACAAGGAAAUGGUGGCUCUGGUAAUGAGUCUAAUGAGGCCGAGUCUAGUGGCGGUGCUGGUGGUCAUGAUGAACCUUCUGCAUUGGACGGUACAGCUGGUGAAUCUUCAGCUAAGGUUCUUAGUUCUAAGAAAAGAAAAAGGAUCGUACAGGUAAAAAAAAAAUGUUUACGAAAUUCUUUCCCUGAUCCACAAUGCAUUUUUUGUUACUUGAUUUUAUGGCAGGAGGCUGAGGUUGAUCAAGCUAAGGGAAGCCAAUCACCUGUCGAGGCUGCAAAGGAUGGCGCUGAAAAUCAACAGAAAGGAGACCAGAACCAAACUACAAUGGUCAAUAAGACUACGGCUAAACAUGGAAAACAAGGUUCUCAAGCUUCUGAUCCACCAAAAGAGGAAUACAUCCAUGUCAGAGCCCGAAGAGGGCAGGCAACAAACAGCCAUAGUCUUGCAGAAAGGGUAAGAAGAGAAAAGAUCAGUGAAAGGAUGAAAUUUCUGCAGGAUCUUGUACCUGGUUGCAAUAAGGUUACAGGCAAGGCAGUGAUGCUAGAUGAAAUCAUUAACUACGUGCAGUCACUUCAGCGGCAGGUUGAGUUUCUAUCAAUGAAACUUGCAACAGUGAAUCCUCGGGUAGAUUGUAAUAUAGAAGGGCUUCUUGCAAAAGAUAUUAUUCAAUCACGAGCUGGUCCAUCAACUCUGGGGUUUUCUCCUGAUUUAUCCGUGGGUUAUCCUCCGUUACAUCCAUCUCAACCUGGACUUGGUCCAGGUGGUUUUCCUGUCAUGGGGAAUAAUGCUGAUAUUAUUCGUAGAACUCUCAGUUCCCACUUCACACCAAUGACUGGAGGAUUCAAGGAGCCUAAUCAGCUAUCAAAUGCAUGGGAGGAUGAGCUCCACAAUGUUGUCCAAAUGAACUAUGGAACAAGUACUGCUUCUGACAGCCAAGAAGUAAAUGGUUCUCAACCUUCAGGUCAUACGAAAGUAGAACUUUGAUCCUAAAAGGUUUAUAGCUCUAUCCCAGGCAGCUCAUUAUGACCAUCUACCUGUUACAUUUAUACCGCAUUCUUGAAGGUAGCCAAGGACACGCAAAUCACUCUUUCAAAAAUUUGAAGUAUAAAAAUAUGCAGUCACUAUUUUCCUACCCUGUUCUUAUUGAAUAACCGAAGAUGCUAUUCACCUGGUUUUAUAGCUAGGAAUAUCAGAGUCAACAUUCGACUGAGGCACAUGCUUGAAGGCUCGUCGUUCGUUAACUGUAAUGUUAGGGAAGUGAUACAUUUGUAUGAUUGUAUAGAUUGAUAAUAUGGAAAUCUUUUGUGAUAUAUGAGUAAUGUGUUAUCUAGUAUUCUUAGAUGAUGUCUUACUGUAAUUUAGUGAUGAAAGAGAUGUAUUUUGUUCAGUUAAGAGAUGUAAGUUGCAAUUUGUUUAUUAACUUUUUAAGGACACAUAAUGUUCUUCAAUCUUACUACUCAUUUUUUCCCCUCUUCGAAA